AUGAAAGAUGCCGUCGGGAAUGAAGUUGUGGAUGAGCCUUUCAUUGUAACCACAAGUUCAUUCCUAUCUCCAUCACUACCAACACAAGAACAUCCUGAUGAAAGAAUCCAAACUUCAAAUGCUCACGUUCAACCAACCACUACUGCUUCAAUCGUUCGGAAGCGAAAAAGUCAUUCUCCAUUCUCUCAGACGACGACGAGAAAACUCAUUGAACAUCAUGAAGAGGAGGAGGAAGGAAUCAUCAAUUACGGAGAGGAUGCCUUGAUGAUCACCACUGGCGCUACGGAAAAUCAAAAUUCUACCAUUGUUCUAGAGCCUGCUUCAAACCCGAUUGAUUCUCAUAAGAAUGUUGGAAACUACUUGUUUGGAUUUAAACCUUGGAAGGGAAUGUUGGGAGAACGUAAAUUAGAGGAUCGGAGUGAGAAGGUGAAACAAUUGUAUAUGUGGAAUUCUAAGAGUAAUUUGAGAGGAGUGCAAAAGAGUCGGUUUUUGAGUGUUGGAAAUGUCUUGUACUUGUUAUGGAUUGGUUGGUGGAUGUUUUUAAUUUACAUGCUUGUGGGAGUAUUGAGCUGUGUAUUAAUUGUUACGAUACCAUAUGGAAAGAAGUGUUUCAGUUUUGCUUUUUAUUAUUUAUAUCCUUUUGGUAAAUAUAUUGAGGUUAUGAGAAAUUAUAGAAAGAUUUAUCAUAGCGAAAAUCAAUCUCCAAUGCCAGAAGAGGAAGGAGAGCAACAAUCGAUCAUACCAACAACUGUAGACGUGGAAAAUGCAGCUACUGAAAUUAUUAAGAGUGACACGAAUUAUUAUUCAACUUUUCCAAGUCAUGGAGAAGGCACCAACGAAUUUCAACAACAAUUGAUGACCAGUCAAUCACUACUAAGCAAAACCACUAACUCACCAAAAAACAAAGCUAGGAAAAAAAAGAGGGAUAUCACUUGUUUGGGAGUUAUUUCAUUUAUUAUUUGGAUAAUUUUUCUUGCUCCUAUUUUAACUGUGUUUCACACUAUUUGCAUUGUUGUGACAUGGAUUUCUAUUGUUGGAAUUCCCUCAAGCAAAAUUCAUAUGGAAGCAAUCAAAAUUCUUUUCAGGAACAUUUUAGUGUUAAAUGUAAAUGAUGAAUAUCCACCUCAUGUGUCUUCAGAGAUUAUACUUUGCACAUUUCAAGCAACCAAUAUUUAUUACUACAAACAUAGCGUUUUUGGACUUAAUGUGAUAUUGUUUAAUAUGCUACCUUUCUCUGCAGUUUCGAUCGUCCUUGGUUUUGCUUUUGGCGAAGAAUUUGUGAAAAAUUAUUCACUACUGAUUUUCCCUUUUUGUUUAAUUUCAACAGUUCCAUUAGCAUAUUUGAUUGGAAAGGCUGUUGCUGCAAUAUCAGCCCAAACUAACUUUUUGAUAGGAGCAGUAUUGAAUGCAUUUUGUGGAAGUAUUAUUGAAUUAAUUUUUUACAUUUUAGCACUUUGGAAGAAUAUGCAUGACGUGGUUGUGACUGCUGUCACGGGCGCUUUACUGGCGGCCGCUUUGUUAGUGCCUGGUCUUGCAAUGGUCAUUGGAGGUAUACGGUACAAGCAACAAUUUUUCAACAGACAUGCAGCUAGUGUUUCAAGUGCUUUAUUGCUCAUUAGUGUUGUGGCAGCUCUUCUCCCUUCAUUAUUUUAUCAAAUGUUCAGUACUCACUAUGAACUGAAAUGUGGAACUUGUGUGAAUACGGUUGUAAAUCAAACUCAACUCUUAGCAACUGCCAAACUUCCAAUUGUCACCAGUGUGAAUGGUACUCCAAUGAAUGGAACGUAUGGCUUAAUUUGUGAAGGUUGUACCUAUGUAGAGAAGGAUCCAAUGCAAGAUGAGGUCUAUACAGGUCGAGCGCUCCCACUUGCAUACGCCGUUGCUGCCAUUCUUCCUAUCGCGUACCUCAUUGGAUUAAUUUUUUCACUCAAGACUCAUCGAUUUUUGAUUGAAAGACCACCUGUUCCAGACAACAAGGAAGAUGUUGUGAAUCAUGAAGAAGAAAAUGAAAUUGGUGCAGUUUGGCCAAUUUGGUUUUGUGUCGUCGUUCUUGUGGUGAGCACAAUUAUUUAUUCACUAGUUGCCGAAGUGAUGACUUCGAGUUUAGAACCUGCGUUUGAUUAUCUUCACAUUAAUCCAAUGUUUGCAGGACUUACCUUUUUAAGUAUUGUACCAAGUUGUGCUGAAUUUGUGAAUGCCAUCCAAUUCGCCUUACAAAAUAACAUUUCUCUCGCUCUUGAGAUUGGAAAUACAGCCUCCAUUCAAAUUGCUCUCAUUCAAAUGCCCGUACUCGUGGUAGUCAGUGCCAUUCUAUUUGGAUCCAAUGAGUCACGUGUAUUCAACUUGAUGUUUCCACAACUCAAUUUGAUUGCAAUUUUCUUUUCCAUUUUGGUUCUGAACUAUGUUUGUUUGGAAGGAAAGACAAAUUACUUUCAAGGAUCAGCGUUGGUCAUUGUUUACAUUUUGUUGGUCGUGACCUUUUUCUUUGCUUAUUUCUAA